AUGGCAACUUAUUAUAGGCCACUAUGGGCCUUGGCACUUUGUCUCGUGUCUGCGGCUAUGGUAGCAGCAGACAGCGACUAUUAUUCAUCUCCACCGCCCCCACCAUCACCGUAUGUCUAUAAAUCUCCGCCACUGCCGCCAUACGUUUACUCAUCACCGCCUCCUCCACCUUAUGUCUACUCCUCGCCUCCACCACCGCCUUAUGUUUACAAAUCACCGCCACCUCUCCUUAUGUUUACAAGUCUCCUCCACCGCCUCCUUACGUCUAUUCUUCACCACCACCAUACGUCUAAGUCUCCACCGCCACCCGUUAUAUUUAUUCUUCUCCACAACCACCUCCUUACGUUUACAAAUCUCCUCAUCCACCUCCUUAUGUUUAUUCAUCACCACCACCACCUCCAUACUUUACAAGUCUCCACCCCACCUCCUUACGUUUACUCUUCUCCCCCACCACCUCCUUAUGUUUACAAGUCCCCACCACCACCUCCCUAUGUUUACUCUUCUCCCCCACCACCUCCUUAUGUUUACAAGUCCCCACCACCACCUCCCUAUGUUUACUCUUCCCCCCCCACCUCCUUAUCUACUGCUCCCCCAGCAGACGAGGAUGCUGAUGCUGCUGAGGAAGAAGAGUUUGUAGAGAGUACGUUUGCCGAUAUGGGGGAUGACGACGAUGAGUCUGACGACGAGGGUCACGAGGAGCCUUAG